AAUAUUAAAAUUCUGAAUUUUAAUUUCUUCUCCCAAACUUAGUAGUGGCCCUUUAAAGUCAGUUUGUUUAUUUGGUUUAUCCAAUCACGAAUCAAAAAAAGCUAAUUUAAUUUGCCUCUGGGAAAAAAUAAAAAUAAAAAAUCUAUUAAGAUCUUUUCUUGUGAUAAAAAUCUCUUCUGUCACAUAGGCUAAUUCAACAUAUGUUUAGUUAGUUUAGGUCAUGGUGCUGUUUUUAAGUGAAUAUCAGGUGAAGGUAAAUUUGUUCAGUGUCAUUCAUUGCAUAUGUGCUUACAUUGGUUGGAACAUUCAUUGAAGUGCUUGCUAGUUAAACAAAAAAUCAUACAGCUGCUUAAAAGCAAUAAUGUGAGCCUAACAGCUAGCUGGCUAAUUAUCUUACUUAAUUAGCUAGUUAAUCGAACGUCAUUCAAAGGAAGGGCACUCAAGCUAGCCCGAACAUUUGACAUUUUCAUGACUACAUUCCUUCUCCAAAUCCAAACCAGCACCAUAAUUGUGUUUGUUAUGACUAGCACCAAUUCUGACUGCAGUUACACAUCCUCAGCUGUCCUUACUGAUCUAUCCUUCAUCCUGACUGUCCAGCACCCGUCUGAGCGGCGGAUCUGCGCACCGCCAUACUUCCGGUUGCUACGGUUGACCGUGUGGGAGGAGCUAGCAAGGGAGCACGCGACGCCGCCUGGAUGUCACGCGGGCAGUCCCCCCAGCGCUCGCUCGCUUUGAGCCGACCCGUGUUUGUUUGUCUCAGAGGAGGAUACAGCAGAAGAACAGGCUGAGAGGACCGAUGCUUUAUUUGUGACUACUUCUAGCAGGAAGAAAACAGAGAUGAAUCAGUGCCAAGAACCAGGUGAACAGCAGGAGGAGGUGACUCAGAUGGUGUGUGAGGAGGGCGAAUUGAAAGAUGGACAGAUGAGGGAAGUGGCCGUGGAGGAGCAGAAUGUGUUGCUUGUCCGUACCAAGGGUCAGUACAGUGCUGUUGGAAGCCGGUGCUCUCAUUACAAUGCUCCUCUGAUAAAAGGUGCGCUAGUUGGUGAGAGAGUGAGAUGUCCCUUCCAUGGUGCUAGUUUUAACGUCAAAACUGGAGAUAUUGAAGAGUAUCCAGGUCUGGACUGUCUGCCUUGUUAUAAGGUAAAAGUUGAGGAUGGCAAGGUGUAUGUUACCAUUAACAAAAGUACUCUGAAAUUGACAAAGCGGGUGAAAGAGAUGUGCACCAUGGUACCAGACAUCAAACACACCAUCGUGCUGAUAGGAGGCGGCCCUGCCGCCCUGGUUUGUGCUGAAACACUGCGGCAGCACUGCUACCAAGGUCGAAUCAUCAUGGUAACCAAAGACAGCCUACCUCCAUUUGAUAAGCCCAAACUGAGUAAGGCUCUGAAUGUGGACAGCAGUGACAUCCUCCUCCGAUCAAGUGACUUCUAUCAGCAGUAUGGGAUCGAGGUGUGGACACAGAAGGAGGUGGUGUCUGUAAAUCCAGCUGAUAAGGUGGUGAAGUUGAACGAUGGCACUUUGCAGCAUUACGACCAGCUUCUCAUCUCAACUGGCUGCAGAGCGCGGCCGCUCAGCUGUCCUGGCAGCAACCUGGCAGGAGUGAAGUUACUGCAGACUUACGAAGACGCAAAAGAGAUUCACAGCUCCAGUCUGGGCCAGAAAGCUGUUGUAAUCGGAGCCUCCUUCAUAGGUAUGGAGGUGGCAUCCUACUUAUCAGACAAAGCUGCUAGCGUUACUGUGGUUGGCUCCAGCAGAUACCCGUAUGAGCGAUCUCUGGGGCCAGAGAUCGGCAAAAUGAGUAUGCAGAUGUUGGAGGAACAAAAUGUGAAGUUCUACAUGAAUGAUGCAGUCACAGAGCUCAAAGGAGAGAACGGCAAGUUAAAAGGGGUGCUGCUGAAGAGUGGUAGAGUCCUGGAAGCUGAUGUUGUGAUUGGGGGAAUUGGAGUAAUCCCAAAUUCAGAUUUCUUGGCAGGAAGCAAGUUGGAUGUGGAUUCAAGGAAUGCUGUGAUUGUUGACAAGUUCAUGAGGACCAAUAUACCAGAUAUCUUUAGCGCUGGAGACGUUGCCUCCUUUCCUCUGACCAUUCGUGGGGACCAAAGGGUGAACGUCGGUCACUGGCAAAUGUCGCAAUCUCACGGAAGAGUAGCUGCCUUGAACAUGCUGAACAAACCAACCAAAAUUGAGUCUGUUCCUUUCUUCUGGACUGUGCUGCUUGGAAAGAGUAUCAGAUACACAGGCUAUGGGGAAGGAUACACAGAAAUCAUAUUCAAAGGCAAAGUGGAGGAAAGGAAAUUCCUGGCAUUUUACAUAAAAGAUGAGGAGGUGGUGGCUGUGGCCAGCCUGAUGUUUGACCCAGUCGUGUCCCGUGUUGCAGAGCUGAUGGCAACUGGCCAGAUCAUAACAAAGGCCCAGGCUCAAGCUGAUGACCUGAGCUGGCUGCAGAUAUAACCGGCGACUGCUGUAUUCGGGAGUAACACCUCUCACUGAUGAAGGAUGUCUCCUUUUCCCUUUAUUGUUCCUAGUGCCAAAAUCAGAUUUCUCCAUUUUCUGCCUCAGGGCCUCUGAAAGCCAAUCAGACCUCUGCUCUUUUUCACAGCUCUGUUACCAUAGAGGCAAACAAAGCUUUAUUGAAUUUGUACUCUGAUCUCUGUGUGAUGAGCAUCGUCUGGAUACAACUGAGGUGACUUAGGAUGAGCAGUUUCUGAACAUUUUUGUGAACUUGAAACUUGAAAAAAAAACUUCCAUAAAUAUUCAGUUUAAUAGUUUAAGUAUAGUCAUAGUACUGUUAUUAUAGUAAAGAAAUAGUAUUUUUCAUGCUAUUUUAUCUACUUGAAAUAUUUUGAGAGCAAACACUCCACUUGACUUUGUUGCAAUAUCUUUAAACGCACAUGAUUUCAUUUCCUCCACUAGGCGUCUCUCAAUCAAAACUAUUAAAAUAAAAGCCAUAGUUUGAUGAGGUCAUGAA